GUUUUAUCACAAUUCACGAUGCAUAUUGCAUACGAUUUAUACUAAUAGGUAAUUAAUAUUGAAAAUCAAAAUAGUAAACAUAAUUUAUAAAUUUAAAUAUCGUACUAAGCAUCUCACGACUAACGAGCAUCAAGUAUGAUCUUAUAAUAUUUGUACAUCUACAGUUCAGCUUUACACUUUGUACUUUGACCUAUAAUAAGAUCAUCUGGUUGAAUUGUAAAAUGUCUGAAGCUAAAAAUGGAGAUUCAAAUCCUUGCUUGCAGGAACAAAGAUUAUCAUUCAAAUGCUUACAAGAUAGUUUUGGAGAUAAAUCACAAUGUGAACCGCAAAUAGAAAAUUACAAAGACUGCAAAACAUUUUGGUAUAACAUUUAUAAAGAAAGGAAAACCAACAAAAUAAGGCCAUACAUGCCAUCAUUAGAAGAACGGAUAAAAAUUAAGAAGGAAUACAUGAAUGGUCAUUAAAACAAAAAUAUAUUAUAACUAAUAAUAUGUUUAUUAUAAUAUAUUGUUUACUAUAAUAUUAUCUAUAUAUUUUUAGUGUUCAUAAAUAUAUGGUUAUAACUUAUAAUUAUGUAUUUUUAUUUAAUACUUGAAUAAGGUUUAAAUAAGUGUAGUAUUGUUUUACUUCAAUAAAAAUAUUUAAAAAAAAAAAAA